AUGGAAGGCACAGAGAUCAACUGGGCAAGAUCGGUUUUCAGCAAUCUUAUGGAAAUGGUGAGACCGGCCUCUGACAGGUCUUGGGGGUAUGCCGUACAACUCGGCAAGAUCUUCUUACAUCUAAAGAUCAAAGUCGGUCCCGGUGUUGGAAUACUAAAACGCAGCAUCAUUCGAUCAAGGCAUUUUCUUCCAAGAAAGCAGUCGGCCUCCAGUUCCACAGAGGAUGAGGAGUGGGACGAUGAGGAAGCCGAUACAGAGGGAACCGAAAACAGAACGGACCAUGACGGAGACAAUGAUGAAAGAGCCGAUGAUGGAAACUUCAACAGAGAGGAGGCAGACGAAGCGGAGGCCGAAAGACUAGCCCAGAAUAUCUUUCAGGGCAUUAUCAGAAGAGACGAGGAUGUCAUUGACCUAUAUCUGGAGUGGCAUGAGUACCGGUUUAAUACAAAGUAUAAAGACAUCCUAUCGGACCACUCGCAAGAACACUGCAUCGCCAGAUUGGAGGAAGUGGAGGACAAUAUCCUACGUCUCACCAAAUCCACACCGCUAGUAUUAGAAAAGCUUGAAAAGGGCAAAUUGGAAAUACGCCAAGAGAUAGAGCGGUUAGAGGCUAUAUGCAAACAGAAACAAGUUCCGGUGUAUACCGCUCCGGUCAUCGAAGAUUUUCAAACAGACUGGACAACAGAGGACACCGUGACACCAAGGGACAUUGAGACACCACUGCCAGAAAAUGAUGAGGUACCGACUUCAAAGACUGUUGAAGAACAAACUCUAGAAAAUGUCGAGGUACCGAUCUCGGAAGUUCCGGUUACGAACUUGGAGGAGGCGGUCACAUUAGAAACACCUACUGAGGUUGUUGACAUAACAGACUCCGGUGAGAGAGCAGAUCCUGAUACGACCGAGCAGUCCCCUCCCACUCCACCACCGGAAGCCACCGUUUCAGUUCCUCCUAAGGAAUGGAUUGAAGACCGGCUCCAAGAGUUUGAAGCAUCCGUUUCGGAACGGAUUGGUGAACAACUCAAGAAAUUUGAAGUGUCCACGUCAGGGCAAAUGGAAGACCGGCUUCAGAAAUUUGAGGCAUCAAUAUCAGAGAUGAUUGAUGACCGGAUAGUUGAACACAACGUCUCUAAGCUUCAACCAUUCAAGGAUAGCGCCGAUAAAAUAUUUGACUCGGCCAUAAAGUUCGCCGAUGCGACGAAGCUGGUUGUGGAUCACACUCAAACACGCCUGGAGCAACUCAGCACCGGACUAUGGGAAGAGGCCGGUGAGCGAGAAAACUGUGCUCAGCAUAUUGUAGCUCUGGAGGGUCUCACGUCGGAAUUAAAGAAGGAUUUCGAACGGGAAAGGCUGGACGCCGAGGUUAGCAGAGACAAAGAGGCGCCACGAGCGACUCAGCUGACCGAAGAAGAAGUAGAGGCCGAGAGAAUAAGAAGGGCUGAGAGCAUGUAUCCAGGGUAUGCUGAGCAAAUAGCAAGACAAGCCGCAGCGGAUGCCGAACGAUUAGAAACGGAGCAACGACGGCUGGCGGGAUUUGCGAAGGAACACGAGAAAAAGAAGAAAGCGGCCGCCUCCGCUUCAGCACCGACCGCCUCUGCCUCAGAACCGAAGAAGAGAAAGAAGCCGGCUAGUAAGAAAGUUCGGAUUGUGGAGAUGCUCAAUAUAAUUUCUGACCCGGUCGAGACGGGUACUUCGCAGCAAGACGACCAAGUCGAGAAUGAGCUCGAAGAACAGCUGCGGUACCGAUCUAAAAGACCACGACACUCCACGUAA